AUGGCUUCAAGCAUGCUCAUGAAAGCCAUCUAUGUGGCUUUGUUUUUGCUUUACAUUGACGCCGUCAUCUCAUUAUCCCUUGUCUCGUCAAUGGUGGCAUUUCUUCAUGGACGUGGCGGCCAGCCAUUUGAUGUCAAGUGGGGGCUCGAUUCGUUCAACCUUCCUGGAGAGCCUGCACAUCUCUUAACGGACCACGGCCAUACGACAAAUGGAGCAGGAGGUACGGCCAUCGUUCUUGUAUGGUUUGGUGGUUGCCUAGCUUUGUGGUUGGAGCAUAGGUCCAGGGCAAAGUACGGAAAAUCAUCGCCAUUCUACUACCUCUGGGCCCUUAUCACAAUUCUCAGCUGGCUUCUUACUCUCACGGCUCUUAUCUACACGAAUGUCCUGCACAACAUGCAGUCGGAUCAGAAUAUCAACUCGGGCUUGGCGAUAACCAGUUCUCCGAAUCCCUACCCGCGGCACUCCUGGACACCAGAGAACUGGUACGCGCAGGUCAACAAGCUAUCACUUGUCCACGACGAGGAUCACGACAUACUUAAAAGGAAGCUGAGACUCAUGCGUGGAUGGCGCUACAACCUCAUUCCCUUUAUGCUCUUCGGUUUCAUUCUGAUGGUCCUCGUCAUUCUGGAGUUGUUGAGGUUCAGGAGGUCGAGGGGAAGGAAGACAGAAAAGCCCUUUGGACAGUCUUAUGGAGCGGCUGUCUCCAAGCAUGAGUCCGCUCACCUGGUAGCAUGA